AUGCUGCCUACCACCGCUGUUGACCUCCUUUUUGACGUCUGGGAUGGUGGUCACGCGAGAACGCGAGUCUUCAGGUGUCUCUUUGCAGCUAGUACUGUGCGUUGUGCUCCAGUGGCCUCACCGCCUUCAUCAAGCCUGUGGCCACCUCCUCAACCCACACCUACCCCUCCCCAAAUCACAGUACCACAACAGGAGGAGGAAAAAACUUGGAGAGUGCGUCCUUACAUCCUUUUAGUUGGCAUCUCUGCCUACACACUGAUCCAUUCGCUGAUUCGCCUGCUUUACAUUCACCUCCUUCUGCUGUCUAUCCAGUUCUACAUCGGCAAAUCUCACGUCCACUAA